CUGCGUUUAUCCAAGGUAACUGAUAAGCAACUUUCUGCCAAUUUCAGAGUUCUUCAUCAUGCAGUGGAGUCGAGGAAUAGUGAAGCCAGCGAUGGAACAGGGCAGACCCAGUUUGCAGCAGAAGACACCGCCCGUCUUCAACGCAUGGCUCUGAGCUGGGCGGAGAUCGCACUACGUUUGACUCGCCUUGCGCAGACAGAUCAGGCUGUUAAUUUUAUCCAAGCCGCUGAAAUGGCCUGUCAGAGACUUGGUACCGAGAAGAGCACCGGAAGAAUCCGGAGCCUACUCGCGUUAACAAAGGCGAAACUUAUGCUCAUGGAGAACAAUUAUCCCUGCGCGGUUACUUUGUCUACAGUUGCUACGGAGCUGGCAAAGGACUUCCCUGACAUCUGGUUGGCAGCAUUUUCGACCAAGGUAGAAAGCCUUGCAAACGAUCCCUUACUAAUUAGAGAAGACGUUGAUUUGCAUGAUCAUAGGCAGACCACCUGUGCACAUCUGGGCAUAUUGGCCGCCCUCAGGGAUUGCUCCAACGCAAUGAGUGCCCUUUCUGGCAGAGUGAAUGCUGGAGGCGGCAACAACAGCCCAUACGGUAGGAUGCUCGCGGAAGUGCGUGCCCUCGAUUUUCAACUGCAACUGCGGAAAGCCAAGUGCUCCUACUUUAGGUUAUUGAUGAACGUGAUCAAUCAGGUUGACAUGGAGGAGUGUGCCUUAUUGCAACGUCUCCUUCAGUCGUCGGAAUGGUCCAAAUAUAACGGUUCCUUGAUGGUUUACUGUGAAGCCCUGUGCAAUGAGUUGGAUCAAAUUGAAGACAAGGCUCUGUUGUUACGUGGAAUUCUUAUUCCCAGUCUUGAGUAUUGGGAGUUUUGCUUGCGAGUUCUAUCGAUCGCCCAGGUAAUAACAUUGUCGCUCAAGAGGUUUUCGCUGAUUCGUAUAAAGAAAAGUUCACAUUCCCUGCAAAUGCAUCCGGUGAUUUCCUAA